GUCAGUGUGACUGAGACGAAAAAUGGAGCAGCAGGCAGUUCAGCUGGACAGAGAAACUUUCUCCUGUUCCAUCUGUCUGGAUCUACUGAAGGAUCCAGUGGCUAUUCCCUGUGGACACAGCUACUGUAUGAACUGUAUUACCAACUUCUGGGAUGAAGGUGAGAAGAACAACAACUACCACUGUCCUCAGUGCAGGGAGACAUUCACACAAAGGCCUGUGCUAAAGAAAAACACCAUGCUAGCAGCUUUAGUGGAGCAGCUGAAGAAGACUGGACUCCAAGCUGCUCCUGCUGACCUCCACUAUGCUGGACCUGAAGAUGUGGCCUGUGAUUCCUGCACUGGAAGAAAACUGAAAGCCAUCAAGUCCUGUUUAUUCUGUCUGGCCUCUUUCUGUGAGAAACACCUUCAGCCUCAUUAUGAUUCAGCUMCWUUUAAGAARCACAAGCUGGUGGAGCCGUCCAAGAACCUCCAGGAGAACAUCUGCUCUCGUCAUGACGAGGUGAUGAAGAUGUUCUGCCGCACUGAUCGGAAGUUUAUCUGUUAUCUCUGCCCUGUGGAUGAACAUAAAGGNAGCAGAGUCCAGACCAGAUUCACUGAACCGCUACUGGCUGGAGUUUGGGUUUGGUACACUGGAGACUCUGCAGAGAUCUGUAAACCCAAAUAG